AUGUCUUUUGAUGAUUACGCAGUCCGUGUCCUUCAGGGAGAGCCUAUUAAAGGGACCGUGUAUUUUGAACAAGCGGAAGGUUCAAAUACGGUCAAGAUAUCUGGACAGAUUUCUGGUUUGCAGAAAGAGCUAUAUGAUCUUCAUGUUCAUGAAUUUGGCGAUAACACCAAUGAUUUAGGAAAUGUGGAAGCUGGUACUGAUGGUGUAGCAAAAGUUAAGGCCUCCCUACACGUAUUACUGACCGUGUACAGAGGCCUUAUAAUUCAGCUUAAUGGAACACACAGUGUUAUUGGACAAACUCUUGUGAUUCAUGCUGAUCCGGACGAUUUGGGCCAAGGUGGCCAUGAGUUGUCAAAAACAACUGGCAAUGCUGGUGCUCGUCUUGCUUGCGGUGUUAAUCAAUCAAUCUUGGUUUAA